UUUUUCGACAGGGUCAGAGAUAAAACACGACGCUUCACAGAGUAUACAGACAGGAGACACGAUGUUCUGGUCCUGUAUUUUCCUCCUACUUGUAGCGGUGGCUACGGCAAGCAUCGUUCCGCGAUCUCACCAAUGCGGUAACCAGUCGUUUUUCACGGCCGAGAACGGAAUCAUUCGAAGUCACGCAGGUUACGACGUCGGACAUGAUUACGGCAAAAACUGGGACUGCGUGUGGACAAUAGAGGCCCCAGAAGGAAAAUUUGUAGAACUGGUGGCUAACACAUUUCACUUGGAAGGAAGCGGUGUCAGUUGCUCGUACGACUAUCUCGAACUAUUCGAUGGCGACAGCACGAACGACAAUAGCAUUGGCAAAUUCUGUGGUAGUGCUUUCGCCCCUAUAUCUUCGACUCAGCAAUUCCUCACCCUCAACUUCGUUACCGAUGGGAGCCAUACCUUUCGGGGUUUCGAGCUGUUCUAUAACUUCACAGAUCACGUGAUUCGAACGUGUCUGUCGGGUCAGUUCACCUGCAGCAACACCAUUUGCGUACCGGGUAGCUACCGAUGUGACGGCGCGGAUGACUGUGGCGACGACAGCGACGAAAAGAACUGCCAAUCUGUUACCUUUCCCACUCAAGAAAUCGGUACAUUUCAAUGCGCGAAUGGCAAGUACAUAUCGGGCCGCUGGCAGUGUGAUGGUGACAACGACUGCGGGGACGGUUCGGACGAGAUUGGAUGUGAUCCCGCGUGUGGGCAAAACAUAUUUAAUACCGGAAUCACGGGCAACAUCAGCAGCCCCAACUUCCCCUAUACUUACCCAGCGAACGUCAACUGCACAUAUCAUGUGACUGCACCUAAAGGAACACAGGGUAUUUUGUUUACGUUUGACAACCGGUUUGACAUAGAGGACUGUCGAUACCAACUUUGCGACUUUGUCACCGUCUCCAAUGCGCACGGUACCAAUAUACACGGUCCGUUUAGAGGCCAGACAGCACCAAGCCCAUUUGAGAUCCUAGGCCGCGUGGCAGAUGUCCGGUUUAAAUCGGAUUCGGGAACCGAUGGGAGAGGUUUCAUGUUGACAUGGUCGGCUAUAGGUUGACUCACAUGACGAUGGCAAUAUCUUCGGAAGCAAAAUUGCCUGAACCAUGGACUUGGCAUUCGUUUUCUUUUUAUAAAUUGGCAGUCUCCAAAAACUUAAUUUAGUGUCAACAAAGAAAGAAACAUAAAGUGAUAUCGUCUUCUCA